AUGUCCUCUUAUCAGGGUUCCGGUGCCAAUAGCCCUGCCAUUUGCCACGCCCCACCCCAACAAUAUAGCCAGCAUCCCAUCGGUACAUCUCUCACCGCACCAGCCUCACCUUCAGGAGCCUACAGUGCUUCAGCGCUUGCUUACGCGAAUGCUCAGCUUUCUCAGUAUGCUGCCACGGGAGGCGCUGCUGCCAUCCCCGCCCAUCUCAACCCACACGCCCUCAGCUCUGCGCUCUCUGAUUACUCGAUCAGUCUUCCCAACUCUGCCGCCUCAUCUCCCGGCGCUACACCGCGUCGGCUUCCAGGUGCCGGGACAUCAACACCUGGAGGCAACUCGCGUGUAGCUGCAAGUGCUAUCACUGGAAAGCGUCUCAACUGGAGCGAGAUGAUCUGUCAGACCAUCGCUGAAAGCGAGAGCGGUCGUCUCGUCAUUCAAGAUCUCUUCGAAGGCAUGUGCUCCAAGUUCCCCGAGAUUCGCGAGUGGGCCUUUGGCAAAGACUGGGAGGCCCGAGUCAAGAACCGAAUCAAGUCGACUCUCUCCAUCAAAGGCAACCUCUUUGUCAAAGUUCCAAGACCGAGCUCUGCAGCUGGAAAGGGCAGUUGGUGGACUCUCAGUCCCGAAGCGCAAGAAGCAUGGAAGACCGGACGCGUGGCCAAUGUUGUCAAGAACAACGCACACAGCCGUGCUGGUAGUGCAGGGCCUAGCAGCAUCCACGGCUCGCCCGUUCGAACGGUCAGCUCCAAGUUUGGCACCUCUUCUCAUACCACCAAUCCACCUUACCUCAUUCAGGCUUCGCACACCCAUCAGAACCACAGUCAGCGCACUUCGCCGCUCGGUCUUGGGCUUGCUCAAGCUUCCAACUAUCACAGCCCUCUUGCCAACAAUUUCAAUUUUGGCGAUCCUUUGCCCAUAGUUGGUAGCAACUCUCAACCCAGCGCACUUGGCAGCAAUCUUGGACUCGGCAGCGAUGACUCGAACUUGAACCUGGGUCAGGGACAGAAUGUACAAUCGCAAUCCAUGCAAGACCAGGCACAGAAUGCUCAAGCCAACAUGGCGCCUCAGAACUUUGCCAACCUGAGCUUUUUGCAAUCCAACGCACCUCAGCCGUUGGGAACAGCGCAGAGCGUGCCACAUCUUGGUGGCCCACAAUCUAUGCCUUUCCCAGCACAGGCACAUGAUCUGUCGGCUGCCAAUUUGGCCAAUUUCAGCAACAACGAUUACUCGGCGCUAUUUGCUGGCAUUCCAGGUUUCGAUGCUAAUGCUUUUGCGCAAGCUGCUAACAACACCAAUAACGGUCAAGUCAAUCUGGCUAUGGGUGCUUAUAAUAUGGAGCAGAACAACCAUCCAUUUGGCGGCAGCAUUCCUGGUGCGUAUACGCUGUUGCAGAACCAGCAGAACCAGCAGCAGCAGCAACAACAACAGCAGCAGCAGCAGCAGCAGCAGCAGAAUCAAGGCAACAACAAUAAUGCCUACCCCAUCUUUGGCAGCGACAUGUACGCCAAUCUUGAACAGGCAAGUCAGCAGAUGCAGGGUCAAGCACAACGCAAUCCCAACCAGGACCAAGGUCAGAAUCAGGGUCAAGGUCCACCAUCCCAACAACAACCUCGAUCGCAACCAUCGCGGCCGGGUCAACAACAGCAACAGGCACAGCAGCAACAAUCGCAACCGCAACCGCAGCAGAACAGCAACAACAACAGCAACAACAACAACAACAACAACAACAAUAGCGGUAUGGCUUGUUCUGGUUAUUCUGGCAACUUUUCAAGUUCAUCACCUUUCCCACCAAGUAAUGGACUUGAGGGGCCUUCGCCGGCGGAUUCGACAUGGUUUUCAUUUACACCUCUUGUUCAAGCGAAUGAUUGCAAUGAUGGUGGUAACAACAAUAGUAGUAGCAAUAACUCGUCGUCUGUAUUGGGUCAAUUGGGUGGUGAGGGUUCGAGAAAGAGAAGGACUUCAGAAGGUUUACGCGAUUUAAACGAUUUUCAAUUGCCUCCUCCUCGGUCUCAAUCGUAA